GGCGGGGGGGGGGGGGGGCCCGGGCCCCGCCGUCGGGAUGGAUCGGACCGGUACCGUGAGGCUGCGGGGCCUCCACGCCUGAUACCGGGACGUCUGGGAGCCGUGCAGCGGGACGCCGGUACCGGUACACCGCAGGGCGCUGGCCAUGGAGCCGGGCACCAUCGACAACCUGUCCAUCCUGUACCAGAGCUCCGACUUCAUCGUGGUCAACAAGCACUGGGACAUCCGCAUCGACAGCAAGAUGUGGUACGAGACGCUGACCCUGCAGAGCCAGCUCAAGUACCGCUUCCCCGAGCUGGCCGACCCCGACACCUACUACGGCUUCAGGUUCUGCCACCAGCUCGACUUCUCCACCAGCGGGGCCCUGUGCGUCGCGCUCAACAAAGCGGCGGCGGGAAGCGCCUACAAGUGUUUUAAAGACCGACUGGUGACCAAAGCCUAUCUCGCCCUGGUCAGGGGCCACGUCAGCCAGAGCCGAAUGACGAUCCGCUACGCCAUAGGGAAGAACACCACCGAGGGCAUGACCCACAUGAUGUGCAUCGACGGGACAGAGGGUUGUGAAAAUCCCAAGCCUUGCCAGUCGGAGCUGAUCGUGCUGGAGCAUGGGUCCUACAGCGGAGACCCUGUAACCAAAGUGCUGUUGCAGCCGCUGACAGGGCGGACUCAUCAGCUCCGGGUUCACUGCAGCGCCAUCGGCCACCCCAUCGUGGGGGACUUCACCUACAGCCACAAGAAGGACAGCAGUCCCUAUAGGAUGAUGCUCCACGCAUACUACCUGCGCAUCCCCACCGGCAAGGAGCUUAUCGAGGUCUGCGCGCCUGACCCCUUUGUCACCGCAAUGGACAGCAACUGGGUGCCCCACCACGUCACUCACCGGCUGGAUGAAAUCAUCCAAGAGCUGAAGGACAAGGUGAUGCGGAAGGAGGAAGAGGAGGAGGAGGAGAGCCGGGAAGCCGUGCUUGGUGGCAGAGGAGAUGAGGCACCGAGCGAAGCCAAGAGCCUGGAGACAGAGGAGCAGCGAGCCCGGUGCGAGCAGUGGUUGGCCGAGUGGGCUUUGGAGUGAGCACAAACCACGUCUCUGCAUUUCCAGCCCAAUGCUCCAUUUUUGUCCCAGCGGGUCCCCACGGAGCCCAGCGCUGACUCCACAUCUGCGCUUUCUGUAUGCCAUGGCUUCCCUCACUUCUGGGGCUGGGAUUAGGCAGAUUUUAGCAGCGAUUAGGAUGGGUUUGGUUUUUAACAUACACAUCAUCCAUCUGGCCAGCCACUGGAUGCCCCUUUCCUAAUUCUGGGCCUCAGCAGCAGAGUCAGUGUGUCACCUACCAGCUUAGAGUGACCCCAAAGCUUUACAUCCCUGUCCCGGGGCUCAGACACAGCUGGGGCAGCACGGACGAUGCCUUUGCCAUGAGCGUGAUGGACGUAUCCGCAAACCCUCAGUGCUCGGAUGCUAAAAUGCAGCCCAGCAAAGGGAGGGGAGAACAUGCCGGGUACAGCUUCGGUGUCCCGUGUCCCCAGUUCCCUUCGCUCCAGCCUGCUGCACUCACUGGCACACGCAUUGUGUGGGAGGUGGGAGAUCAGGAGGCUGAAAUGCAGCCUGGGGGCACCGACAGCCCCCCCAGUCCAGGGGCAGCCCCGGGUGUUUUGCCCGUGGAGCUGUGCUGUGCGAUGGGCGCAGGAGAGGUCCCUGCCUGCCACCGAGGACGUGCUGCCUGCC